CUUUCUAGGCACGGAGAUCUGGCUAGAGCAUUCGAGGAGGAAUUGAGUUGAUGCUGUUUCCUUUGUCUUUGGCAGCCACUAACCUGACCCCCAGCUUUCAUGUCUUUGAUUCACGGUCUAGGUAGUCAGCAAAGUGGAAGGGAGGAGCCAGGGACUUUAUCUGAAAAACAUUUCUCACAAGUCUCAUGAAUCUCAUCUGCAGCCGUUUUUUUUCCGCUCAGUUUUCUGGCCGGGAAGAAGCUGGUUAGGGGGCCGGCCGUUUGGCCAUGGAGAGAUGGGAGGAUCUUUGAGGCUCCAUGCCGGCGAUUGAGGUGGUGGCAGACCUUCAGGCCUUAAACAAAUGGGCGAGCGAGGCUCAGAUUGCCUCCGAGGCCGAAGACCCUCGCCGGGCUCCACACUCCGCGCGCAGCCCCAAAAGCGAGGAUCGCUCGAACUUUCUGGAAGAUCACCGGACUUCAGUGGGCAGCUCAGAUGCAGCGAACAGCAGGAGCUUGGAGCCGAGAAAGGGGUCGAAAGAGGGAAGACACCUUUCAACCGGAGGAGUCUCCACUGUUUCGCGAGCCAGCACUAGGCAUGAGAGUGCAGAUUUGCUGGUCCCAAUUUCACGUUCAAGCAGUCGGCACGCUACAGGGGAGUCGGCCACCACCAUCUCACGCUCAGGCAGUCGGCAUGCAACAGGAGAGUUGCCCUCUACACUCUCCCGUUCAAGCAGCCGCCAUGCAACAGGCGAGUUGCCUGCCGCCUCACGUUCUAGCAGCCGCCAUGCAACAGGCGAGUUGCCUGCCGUCUCACGUUCUAGCAGCCGGCAGCCGACAGGGGAGUUGCCCACUGCAAUCUCCCGUUCAAGCAGCCGGCAUGCAACAGGAGAGUUGCCCAUGGCAAUCUCACGUUCAAGCAGCCGGCACCUGACAGGGGAGUUGGCUGCCACUGUCACACAUUAUGAACAUCCUGCUAGCUUGAGAGCAACUGCAGAAUCGCUGGCUUUACAUGUUGGCCUUACAAGCGAACAGCCUGCUGCCACCGAACUGCUCGUUUCCACCACACACUUUGGCAGCCAAAAACCUACAAGCGAAUUGUCUGGCACUCCUUCACGCCCUGGCAGUCGAAAAGCUACAAGCGAAUUGCCUGGCACCAUCUCACGUUCAGGUAGCCGAAAAGCUACAAGCGAAUUACCUGGUACUAUCUCACGUUCAGGUAGCCGAAAAGCUACAAGCGAGUUACCUGGUACCAUCUCACGUUCAGGUAGCCGAAAAGCUACAAGCGAGUUGCCAGGGUUUUCCCAAACUCCUGCACUCAUGGACAUAGAUGAAGGCCCCCUUGCAGGCCUGCCGAAGCUUUUGCGUCAAAUCUCAGUCACCACCGACAACGAGUCCACCGGGAUGGAGUUGGCACUAUUUGAAGAGUCAAAGAGCCUUGCCACCUCGACCUACGCCCAUGACCAGCUGGUUCUCGUCCCCUCCACCGCUUCCCGGCCAUCGCCGAAGACGCAGAAGAUGAAAUCAGAUCUCUUGCGAAGCCAUCCUUGGCUUCAGGAGCUGCAACGCGCCGCUCAAAGCGGCUCGCUGCCGAGCUCGCCCGUGGGCCACGGGGCGUUUCUGCGGUCGCCGCAGGCCUCGUCUGCACCCAACCUGCCUCCACUGGAGAACCUGCAGCUUCAGCUUCAUGAUGGACACAAGAUGGAGGUGGAUGCAUAUGCAACACCACGACAGCCGUCCCACAAUUCCAAAGACAUCCUCAGCACACCCUUCACACGAAAGCAGACCUGGAACAGCAAGGAUGAGAUGGAGCUUUUGAAUGCAGGCGCUGGAGAAGAGCACAAGACUGGGAUCCUCCCACCUAGCAUUCGAAAGUUGGAUUAUUGGCGCGCCAUCGAGUUGUUUCACCUUUUUGACCGAAGGACUGGGGAGCUGGAUAAACUGGGUUUUUAUCAUCUGCUCACGGCAGCCUCCAGAGACAAGGAGGAGAUCCCGCGAGUGCAGAGCGACAACAUUUUCAAUGAGAUCGACAUGGACGGCAGUGGAAACAUCGACAAAGAAGAGUUUCUCGGGUGGGUCUUCCAGACAAACAGCAGCUUCCUGAGCUCCGUGCGGCGGAAGUUGGAAGUCAUGCCAGAGGCCAAGGUGAAAGCUCUCUUCGAACAAAUGGACAAGGAUGAGAAUGGUUGUAUUGACAAAGAGGAGUUCUGGAAUUUUGUGGAGAAGUUCAGUCCUGGCAUGCUGUCCCGUCAAGCCUCGGAUGAGCUGCACGAAUUCAUUGAUGCAGAUCGAUCAGGUGGUAUUGAUGGUGAGGAAUUCCUCAAUUGGAUUCAUCCUGGCCGUGAAUUGCACCUGUUGAAGGCAGAGGUGAGCGAUGAGCUCACUGGCAAAGUGGCGGCUGGGAUCAUCAAUGGAACCUACACUGCUCCGAAGAAACCUCUCAUGGAGACCGAGCCAGGGAAGCCAGUGGUUUUGCAGUUCUGGAUCGGUGAUGAAUGGAUCUCAAACUUCAAAGCAUUGAAGCGCAGCCUUCGGGCCGUCUUUAGCUCUCAGCAGAUCCAGUUCGAUCUUCAGCGGGACAGUCGGGUGAUGAACACCUGCUCCAAGUUGGUGGCCAAGGUGGGCCGCGGCAUCAUCCUCUGGGAUCGUGACAGAAUGUUAGCCUUCAAGGAUGAUCCCUUUAUGAACCAGAUCACCGCUCAAAACUGGAUCAAAGAUGUGCUGCUUCAAUGCCUUCCAGAUGUCAUCAACGCUGCUAAUGUCCGAUUGCUCAAGAGAAAGAAGCAGAAUGUUUGCUUUGAAUGUGGCAGAACCCUUGAGGGAGCUCGCUAUAUGCUGGUUUUGGAAUACAAGGCUGGUGGAAGAGUUCUUUGCUUGUUUGUCAAAGCAAGAGUACAUGCUCCAUGAACCAAACCACUCAAAACAUUCCCGGCUGACCCUACCCGUUGCCUGUUCCUCUUGAUGGAUGCACUUCGUCACCCUACAAGCCCGCAGAAGCUUUUUGAGUCAUAUUUGAUAGUCACAGUGCAAAGAAUCACGAUCGUGCACAAAUGCAUGCUGUUUAACUAUUAGAGAUCUAAGGGACUAACUUAUAUACGUUGCUUGUUGAUUCAGUGUCGCAUUCUCAAGCAUUAAACCCAUUCAGCAGCUUGCUGGAUGUUGCAUCACCCACCCUGAGGUUUGCAGUAAACAUUGCUCCACGUUGCUGAAAGCACGUGCUGUACCCUAAAACUGUAGAGGAGUAUGAUAAAUCUCCGUUCUUCCUGCUAAACGCAGUCAAACCACCUAGUUGGAUCAAAUAUAAGGAAUAGCCUCAGAAGUAAUAGUCAGUCCUCUUCUUCAUGGAUGGUUUGCAGACAGAUAGGGCCGAGGAAGAUAGAUGAAGCUUGUCUGCUGGCAUACCAAAUGGUAUGGCCAUGACACCAGUCAAGUAUUCUAAUCAGACCUAUAGCUGCAUGGUGUGUUAA